ACAGACGGAUAAACAAGGGCGACGACGGCUACUAAGUGUCAUCUCUAAGUGUCAUCUGCUUCAAAUCAUUUCAAAAUGCUGAAAGAGUUGAUGAAGGAGCGACUAAUGUCGGUAGCCGAUGAAAUAUACGCGCUGUUUGAACGAACAAUGGCAUUGUACGAGGAUGAACUUUCUCGAACCAGAGACGACAAGGAGCGAUAUCGACAACGACUGGAAGCUGCUAGCAAAACUCACAUUGUGCAACAAUUUGAAGGUGGUCUUGGGUCGUCCCCUCUUUCUCCUCCCUUCAGGUGUCCAGUGAAGAGUCAGAGCGUCCAUUCCGAGUGUGUGCCCAAUCCAUUACCACCGUCUUCUCAGGACGACGGUUACCAAGUCCUCUUGUUUGCCUCAAACGUCCAGCAGCUGAUAGGUUGUCAAGAAGAACGUGCAACUCAGUCGCAGCCGAGUUCCUCUUUAAAGCAGGACGAUCCACGGCACCCCCGCAUGAAAGAGGAAGAGGAGGAACUCUGCAUCACUGAAGAUGGCGAGUGUCUUCUUGGGCUGGAGGAGUCUGACCUCACAACAUUGCCCCUUACUGUUGACUCCAUGAAGACUGAAGGCCAUGAAGACAAAUCACACCGUUAUUCAAGUUCAAGUGAGGAAAACCGAGGGGUGGCGCCCCCAAGCAGCCGCUCACCACAACACAUGACAACAGAAGUUCAUAGUGACGGCACAAUGUCAAACUAUCCCGAGGAUGAAGACAUGGACGACGCCCAAGAACCUUUGGGUAUAAGGACUCAUGCUGACAACCGACACUCAGAACGCUAUAAAAAGAAGCCAGGUAAAAAACAUAUCGCCUGCUCAGUCUGUGCUAAAAGAUUCACUCUAAAGAGGAAUUUGACUCAACACAUGCGGACUCACACUGGAGAAAAACCUUUCGGAUGUCCAGUUUGCGGUAAAAGGUUCUCUCGAAAUUCAAAUAUGCUGAAACACACGACAACUCACACAGGAGAAAAACCUUUCAGCUGCUCAAUUUGCGGCAGAAGAUUCUCUCAGAAGGGAGUGAUGAUAAGACACAAGCGAACGCACACUGGGGAAAGACCUUUUUGUUGCUCAGUUUGUGGUGAAAGUUAUUCUCUUAAGAUAAGUUUGACAACACACAUGCAGAGACGUCACCGAAAAUAAGUGUUUUUCUCGUCCACUUUGUGCUAAACAACUAUCGACCCAUACCAAACCUGCCUACUAAAAGUUGUGUGCCAAUAAUGUUCGUUUUGAGAGGCGGAGUUGUUCGAUGCAAAUUAAGUCCUCCUUACCACGUCCCCCCUCCGGCAGCUUUGUGUAAUAGGUGUUUUUUUUUUUGCAUUGUUUUGCUAAAGCCGUUUAGGAAUCUGGACACCGGUGAUCGCCACCGGCCAUCUCAUUUUUACUUGACUUUAACCACAACACAACAUUUCUGACGAUAUAACGAGACUAGCGUUUCACCGUGAUUUGUUGUCAGCGGGUGUCAGGUUCAAACACUGAUGACAUCUAUUAAACAGACAAGAAGCAAGGAAUCAUGCAGAGACAGAGUUCAAUUUAGCUCAUGAGGAGAACACAUGGAGCUGCACACUUAGUCACAGUCUCGCCCUACGCUCUAAGGUUCAGCUCCCGCGUCCCUCUAUUUAUUCAGGAGUUCCAUAGUCAACAUCACUGAGGCCGCCUCUAAAAGGAGUGGUCACAUAUAUUAUGCAAAGCAGGUCCCGUACGCACAAUGUGUGACGGAAUGUGCUGGGCUUUGUGAUUUUCUUGUUUCUGCUUCGAGUGCGUGCUGUCAUCUUAUCUUUGUUGAGGUCCUUGGCUGUUCGUAGGCUAAAACAAAGAUAACAUCUGCGGCUGAGGCCACCCCUCAGACAAGAAGUGUUGUCCUUGCACAGAUAGAAAAAUUGCAGCUUGAGCAUAAUAGCUAAUAACUAUAGCAAUGGACUUUAAGCAUACUAAAGUUGUGUGAUAAUAUAUAUACAUGAUUAUUCUAACAGCGGGGAAACACGGAGGAGAGAAAAUAAGAAAGCCCAGGUGCAGAUCUGGUACUAUACGCUGGCUAAGGUUAAACUUCUACUGGGUCUUUAUCUUUCCAAUGCCAAAUCCUGGACGUAUAUAUGUAUAUAUUGACAAUAAAAUGCUUUUCUAUACUAUAUCAUGUUAAUACUUUUACUGCACUGCUCUUUCAAGCCCUUGCAAAUAAUAGAGGCUCAAGCCGGUUGUAGCCUACAGCAAGCUACGCUACGAGCUACAUCGC